AUGUCGUUCGGUCAAAUGAGACCUCAAACGUCACAGUUGGUGGAGCUCCAUGUUUUUUAUGUCCCAGAAGAAGUGUGGAACUUCAAGCUGAAUACCAUUCCUGUAUCUCUUACUAGCAAAUUCAUCUCAGCUGGAUUUAUAAGGGUGUCUCCUCACAUCACAUUAAGUGUGUUACGGGAGAAGCUUGGAGAGUACCUGCAUGGAGUUGAAGUUGCAGAUAAAUUCAAAUUUUUAAAAUGUAUUGGGAAAAAACUAGCAGUGGUGAAAGCAAAGCAAGAAGCAGAACUGGAACUGGAGUCAUUUGCUCCUCCUUAUGCACUUUAUCCUGAGUUAUAUUUAUUACCUGGAGUGGAAGACUUUGAAGAUGUGUCAUCAUCAACCCAACAAAAACAUCUCUUUAGUGCAGAAGCUAAUAGGUUUGGUUAUGGAUCCAGAUUACUCAGUCUUUCCCAGCAAAAGCCUGAAAAAAGAAAACAAUUUGUAGAAAACAUACAGAGCAGUCACCGGCUGGAAAAUCAGGAAAUGCACAGUCUGGUGGAAUGGGGUGAGAAAGAACCUGUUGGAGUUUUGCACAGAAAAUGUAAGGAAAACCCUAACAACGGGAUUCAAGAAAAACAGACACAGUUCAGAGAGAAAGAUCAGAAUGGAUCUCUCUUCACACCAGGUCAUUCAAAUCCUACAGGCUGGGAGAAAAAUCGUCACAGCCAGGAUCAAGAAGACCGUAACACUCCUGAGUGGAACGACAAAGCCAAAGGAACUGCGCCUACUCUUCCUGUCAACCGCAGUGGUGAACAAGGCCAGCAGAGUCAAACACGCCCAAAUCACAUUAAAUAUCAAAAGGUUUUAAAUGAAAGAAAUCUUGUUAUCAGUAUGGAAAAUAAUGACCACCAAAAAGACGCCAACCUAAGCAGAGACAGAACACAAGAUACUGGAAUUCUUAAAACAAUGGAAGACCAAACCACAGAAUACUUACGCAAAAAACAAAGCUUGCAGCAAUACAGAACUAACAAGUCUGUAGCUGAUGCUGGUGAAAAACUGGAUAAUCAGGCAGAUGAAAACAAGCAAAAUCAUCCAAGAGAUAUUUUGCCUCCUAGUGCACCUUUUCUGGCACUCUCUGUAAAUCCAGCUCAAGUACCUUCAAUUCAGGCAGCAAUUCGUGAGGACUGGAAAAAGAAAUACUUUGAGACAAAGAAAGCUACAGUUUCACUGGAGGACACUUUAAACAAACUGCGCCAAGAUUUAGAGCUUUACCACCAGAAAUUACUCUUGCGAUUGGAAGCCAGAGAUAGCCGAAAACAAUCAAACAACAGGACAAACUCCAAGAAUUACACAAUCAUCCGGAUUACUACCGUGCAGCAUGAACUUGAUCAACUGAGGAGGAAGCUGGAUGAUACAAAAAUGAAACUCAUAACAGAAAUUAAGAUGAGAAAGCAGGCAGCGUCCAAUGUACAGGCACUGAGAGCAGAACUGACACAGAAGAAGAUUCAUUCAGCUUUAAUUCUCCAGUCCAGAAAAUCAGGAAUUUAA